AUGGCACAUGCAGCGCAAGUAGGUCUACAAGAUGCUACUUCCCCUAUCAUAGAAGAACUUAUUAUCUUUCACGACCAUGCCCUCAUAAUUAUCUUUCUCAUCUGCUUUCUAGUCCUAUACGCCCUUUUCCUAACACUCACAACAAAACUAACUAAUACUAGUAUUUCAGACGCCCAGGAAAUAGAAACCGUCUGAACUAUCCUGCCCGCCAUCAUCCUAGUCCUUAUUGCCCUACCAUCCCUGCGUAUCCUUUACAUAACAGACGAGGUCAACGACCCCUCCUUUACUAUUAAAUCAAUCGGCCAUCAAUGAUAUUGAACCUACGAAUACACCGACUACGGCGGGCUAAUCUUCAACUCCUACAUACUCCCCCCAUUAUUUCUAGAACCAGGUGAUCUACGACUCCUUGACGUUGAUAACCGAGUGGUCCUCCCAGUUGAAGCCCCCGUUCGUAUAAUAAUUACAUCACAAGAUGUUCUACACUCAUGAGCUGUUCCCACAUUAGGCCUAAAAACAGACGCAAUUCCCGGACGCCUAAACCAAACCACUUUCACCGCCACACGACCAGGAGUAUACUACGGCCAAUGCUCAGAAAUCUGUGGAGCAAACCACAGUUUUAUACCCAUCGUCCUAGAAUUAAUCCCUCUAAAAAUCUUUGAAAUAGGACCCGUAUUCACUCUAUAG